AUGUCGAACGUUUACUUUCCCUAUUCCAAGGCGCCUUUGCGCACCAUCAAGGAAAUUCAGUUUGGUCUCUUCUCACCAGAAGAGAUCAAACGAAUGAGUGUGGUCCAUGUGGAGUACCCGGAGACUAUGGAUGAACAAAGACAACGACCGCGAACAAAAGGUCUGAACGAUCCUCGCUUGGGAACCAUCGAUCGGCAAUGGAACUGCGAGACUUGUGAGGAAGGCCAGAAGGAAUGUCCGGGACAUUUUGGACAUAUUGAGCUUGCCACUCCUGUUUUUCAUAUCGGUUUCUUGACGAAAAUCAAGAAGCUUCUUGAGACGGUCUGCCACAACUGUGGAAAGAUCAAAGCCAACACGUCUGAUUCCAAGUUCCUUGAAGCCCUACGCAUGAGAGACCCGAAGAGACGUUUCGACCACAUCUGGCGACUAUCGAAAGAUGUCACGAUAUGUGAAGCUGACCCUCCUCCGGACGAGGACGAGCCGUAUGCGAAAGAGAGCUCCAAACCAACGAGAAUGCACGGUGGGUGCGGAAAUGCCCAACCGACUAUUCGCAAAGAGGGAAUCACCUUGGUGGGGACAUGGAAACCUAGCAAGAGCAUGAUGGACGAGAUGGAUAUGCAGCAGCCAGAGAAGAAGACAAUCACCCCCCAGAUGGCUCUGAACAUCUUCCGUAACAUCUCUCACGAGGAUGUUCGUAUCAUGGGGCUGAGUAAUGACUAUGCUCGUCCUGAGUGGAUGGUUCUCACAGUCUUGCCGGUGCCGCCUCCCCCUGUCCGUCCAAGUGUGCUUGUGGGUGGUAGCACUAGUGGCCAGCGCGGUGAGGAUGAUCUGACAUACAAGCUGGCUGAAAUUGUUCGGGCAAACCAGAAUGUCCAGCGUUGCGAACAGGAAGGCGCCCCAGAGCACGUGGUACGGGAGUUCGAGUCUCUAUUACAGUAUCAUGUCGCCACAUACAUGGACAACGAUAUUGCUGGCCAGCCAAAGGCUAUGCAGAAGUCAAACAGACCAGUGAAAGCUAUUCGCAGUCGUUUGAAGGGUAAAGAAGGUCGUUUGCGACAGAACUUGAUGGGUAAGCGUGUGGAUUUCUCAGCUCGUACUGUCAUUACAGGUGAUCCCAACCUGUCUCUUGACGAGGUUGGUGUGCCAAAAAGUAUCGCAAGGACUUUGACAUACCCCGAAGUUGUUACGCCGUACAACAUCGACAAAUUGCAGCAGCUCGUCUCGAAUGGUCCUAACGAGCACCCUGGAGCAAGGUAUAUUGUGAGAGAUAACGGUGAACGUAUCGACUUGCGCCAUGCUAAAAGAGCCGGAGGCCAACAAUUAUUGUACGGAUGGAAGGUAGAGCGUCACGUCAUGGAUGGCGAUGUGAUUCUUUUCAAUCGACAGCCAUCGCUUCACAAGGAAUCUAUGAUGGGUCACCGUGUCCGCGUUAUGCCGUACUCCACAUUCCGGCUCAACUUGUCUGUGACAACUCCUUAUAACGCCGAUUUUGACGGUGAUGAGAUGAACUUGCAUGUUCCUCAAAGUGAGGAGUCUCGCGCAGAACUACUCCAGCUUGCUCUGGUUCCUAUGAACAUUGUAUCCCCUCAGCGAAACGGACCUCUUAUGGGUAUCGUACAGGAUACGCUCUGCGGUAUUUACAAGAUUUGUCGGCGUGAUACAUUCUUGACAAAGGAACAAGUAAUGAAUCUUAUGAUGUGGGUUCCUGAUUGGGACGGCGUGAUUCCCCCGCCAGCUAUCUUGAAGCCUAGGCCUAGAUGGACUGGUAAGCAAAUUAUUAGCAUGGCGCUUCCUUCGGGUCUCAAUCUUCUCCGUGUGGAUAAGGACAACUCAGCGCUCUCUGAGAAGUUUGCCCCUCUGAACGACGGUGGUCUUCUUAUUCAUGGUGGACAGUUGAUGUAUGGAAUGUUCUCCAAGAAGACUGUUGGUGCCAGUGGUGGUGGUGUCAUCCACACCAUUUUCAAUGAAUAUGGGCCAGGUACUGCUGUGGCCUUCUUCAACGGUGCACAGGCUAUUGUUAACUAUUGGCUACUCCACAAUGGUUUCAGUAUUGGUAUUGGUGACACCAUUCCAGACGCAGUCACUAUCCAAAGAAUUGAGAACUGCGUCCGGGAACGAAAGAAGGAGGUUGAAAGUAUUACUGCUAGUGCUACGGACAAUACCUUGGAGGCCUUGCCUGGUAUGAACGUGCGAGAAACCUUUGAAAGUAAGGUUUCGCGUGCACUUAACAAUGCUCGUGACGAAGCUGGCAGUGAAACUGAGAAGAGCUUAAAGGAUCUGAACAAUGCCAUCCAGAUGGCCCGUUCUGGAUCAAAGGGAUCGACCAUCAACAUAUCCCAAAUGACUGCUGUCGUGGGUCAACAAUCCGUCGAGGGUAAACGUAUCCCGUUCGGUUUCAAGUAUCGUACUUUGCCCCAUUUCACAAAGGAUGAUUACUCUCCAGAAUCUCGUGGUUUUGUGGAGAACUCUUACUUGCGUGGGUUGACACCCACUGAGUUUUUCUUCCACGCCAUGGCUGGUCGUGAGGGUCUUAUCGAUACAGCUGUCAAGACCGCAGAAACCGGUUAUAUUCAGCGAAAGCUGGUUAAGGCUCUGGAAGAAGUAAUGGUUAAGUACGAUGGCACUGUCCGUAACUCUUUGGGAGAUAUCAUACAGUUUAUUUACGGAGAAGACGGCCUUGACGGUGCCCAUAUUGAGAACCAACGAGUUGACAUCAUCAAAUGCUCUGACGACAAGUUUAGAGAUCGCUUCCGUGUCGAUCUAAUGGACCCUGAGCGCAGCUUAGGUCCAGAGGUCUUGGAACAGGCCAAUGAAAUUGCAGGCGACGUUGAAGUCCAGAGAUACCUGGAUGAAGAAUGGGAGCAACUUCUCAAAGACCGUGCUUUCCUCCGUUCUGUGGCUAAGGAAGACGAGGAGAUGAUGCAGCUUCCAAUCAACGUCCAGCGAAUCCUCGAGAUGGCUAGGACUACGUUCAGGAUCCGCGAGGGAACAAUUAGCGAUUUGCACCCAGCAGAAGUUAUUCCUCAGGUGCAAGCAUUGCUUGAUCGGCUACUUAUUGUGCGCGGUGAUGACGUGAUUUCGCAGGAAGCCCAGGAGAACGCCACACUGUUGUUCAAGGCGCAACUUCGGAGUCGUCUAGCGUUCCGAAGACUGGUCACCGAGUAUUCUAUGAAUAAACUUGCGUUCCAGCAUGUUAUCGGAGCUAUCGAAAGUAGGUUCGCUAAAGCUAACGCUCCUGCUGGUGAGAUGGUUGGUGUUCUCGCUGCCCAGUCUAUCGGAGAGCCAGCUACACAGAUGACUCUGAACACUUUCCAUUUUGCUGGUGUCUCGUCCAAGAACGUCACACUUGGUGUGCCUCGUCUGAAGGAAAUUCUCAACGUUGCAACCAAUAUCAAGACGCCUUCUAUGACUGUUUACCAGGAACCUGGCAGAACUCAUGACAAGGAGGGUGCGAAGCAAUUGCGAAGCGUCGUUGAACAUACUAGCUUGCGGUCCGUUACCGAGGCCACCGAGAUCUACUACGAUCCCGACAUCCAGUCUACGGUUAUUGAAAAUGACCGAGACAUGGUCGAGUCCUACUUCAUUAUUCCCGAAGAUGUGGCGGAUGAUUCCUCUCGCCAGUCCAAAUGGUUACUUCGUAUCAUUCUCAGUCGGCCGAAGCUUCUUGACAAGGGUCUUACAGUACAGGAUGUUGCUACCAGAAUCAAACAGGCGUAUCCCAAGGAUAUCGCUGUUAUCUUUAGCGACAACAACGCUGAUGAGCAGGUUAUUCGGAUCCGACAGAUCCAGGACCACAAGGAGGAUGAAGACGAUGACGAUAUUGAAUAUGACGUCACACUUAAGAAACUUGAGCAACAUCUUCUGGAUACUUUAACACUUCGCGGUGUCAACGGUGUCGAGCGAGCGUUUAUCAACGAGAAGAGCAAAGUCCGAGUCCUCGAGGACGGCUCAUUAUUCACCAGCAAGGUUGAUCCCCUUUGCAAGGAAUGGGUUCUUGAGACAAGUGGCUCUGCCCUUGGCGAGGUUUUGGCUGUUCCUGGAGUUGAUGCCAGCCGCACAUAUUCCAACCAGUUUAUUGAGGUAUUUGAGGUCUUUGGUAUCGAAGCCGCCCGUACGGCUGUUCUUCGCGAAUUGACACAGGUGCUUGCCUUUGAUGGUUCUUACGUCAAUCACCGUCAUUUGGCUCUCCUGGUCGACGUUAUGACUGUGCGUGGUUACCUGACGCCAGUCACACGGCAUGGUAUCAACCGUGCUGACAACGGUGCUCUUAUGCGUUGUUCUUUCGAAGAGACGGUGGAAAUCUUGUUGGAGGCCGCAGCCUUUGGAGAACUGGAUGAUUGCCGCGGCGUGUCUGAAAACCUGAUUCUGGGACAGAUGGCACCUGCCGGUACUGGAGAGUUUGACAUUUACCUCGACCAGAACAUGCUUAACACUGUGGUUUCGAAUAAUGCUCGCUUUGGCGUGAUGGGAGCCAUCGGCGCCAAGGAUGCGAUCAUUUCUGACGGUGCCGCCACUCAAUAUGACACCGGUUCACCCAUGCAGGAUAACGCUUAUAUCGGUACACCUGAUCCCGAAUCGAACUUCUCUCCUAUCCGCCAAGCUGGUGCUGAAUCCCCGGGCGGCUUUACUGAGUAUCAGCCGACCGGUGGCUUUGGAGGCGGGUUCAGCCCAGCGGCCACGAGUCCCGCUGGUUAUUCUCCCAGCAGUCCAUUCAGUGCCAACCCCACAUCUCCUGGCUAUUCCCCGUCAUCGAGCUACUCACCAACGUCGCCUGGUAUGGCAAUUACCAGCCCUCGUUUCUCCAUGACGUCUCCGGGUUUCUCUCCUGCCAGCCCGUCCUUCGCACCGACAUCACCUGCUUACUCGCCAACAUCACCGGCGUAUGGCCAGGCUUCGCCGACCUCACCGUCGUACUCUCCUACCUCGCCCGGGUUUUCGCCGACCUCGCCAAACUACAGUCCUACAUCGCCAAGCUUCAGUCCAGCUUCGCCUGCAUUCAGCCCAACGUCGCCAAGCUACAGCCCAACCAGUCCCGCUAUUGGUGGGGCCGCUCGGCACCUGUCGCCUACUUCACCAACCUCUCCAAAGUAUACACCUACAUCUCCUGGGUGGUCUCCCACGAGUCCCCAGACAUACUCUCCUACCUCUCCUAAUUUUGCCGGCUCGCCGACAUCUCCCGGAGGACCUACCUCCCCUGGUUAUAGUCCGACGUCGCCGGCGUUCAGCCCGUCAAUUGCCCCGGACUACAAGGUUCAUCACUCUAAAAUGCUACUGCAGGCGCUUGCAGUGGAAUCCAAGGCGUCCACUGAUGUCGCUCACGAAGCAUAUCAGCAUCCAGACCAGUCUCCAGGUGGGACAGAGGGUUCUGGCGCUAGACCUGGAAGCCAACACGUUGAUACCGCCCUCAAAAUUCUCCGUAACUCAAAGAUCCCGAUCGUCACGUCCGAGAAACCGUCUGGCAUAUUGGGGAACACAUUACAUUACUUUAAAGAGGCGUUCCGCGUUCUGUUCCUGAAUGGCCCGCCAUCAGAUAAUGUUGAGCGGCAGAAGAUCCACCCAAAUGUCGCAAAGGCCGUGAACGAACUUAAGAUCGCUGCGCAAAAAGAUCAGAACCCCGAUGCGAUGUUCCUCUUAGCGGAGUUGAAUUUCUACGGCAACUACACGCAUCCACGCGACUUCAAGCAAGCGUUCCAGUGGUAUCAGAGUCUUGCUUCGACCACUGGGAACCGUACAGCACAGUAUAUGGUGGGAUUUAUGUAUGCGACAGGUAUCGGAGGUGGAGUUGAGCGAGACCAGGCGAAGGCGCUAUUAUACCAUACUUUCGCCGCGGAAGGGGGCAACACGAGGUCGGAGAUGACGCUCGCUUACCGAAAUCAUGCUGGCAUUGGGAUGCCCAGAAAUUGCGACCAUGCAACGUAUUACUAUAAGAAGGUUGCAGACAAGGCUAUUCAGUACUUCCGAUCCGGACCACCUGGGGGACAUAGUAUGAUUCGGGAAUCAUACCGUUGGGCUGACGAGGAGGGCGGCGUAUAUGGCGAAGGUGCCAGUGUAUCCAGUUCGGGACCAAACGCCAUGCGUGAUGCAGCACAUUCAAGCACCGAAGCCAGCUUGGAAGAUGUCCUCGAGUACUUGGACCUUAUGUCGAGAAAGGGCGAACUUAAGGCUACCUUCAGCCUAGGCAAGAUGCACUACGAAGGCUCGCGAGGUCUGCCUAGAAAUCUUCGAAAGGCCAUGAAGUAUUUCAAACAAAUCACAAAACGCUAUUGGAAUAAGGACGGGUCUGUAAACCCGAAUCAUCCACUUGGAAUUGAGAAAUUAGCAUCGAAAGCAGCGGGCCAUAUAGGGAUGAUGUAUCUCCGUGGCGAAGGUGUAGAGCAAAACUUUGCCACUGCCCUCACCUGGUUCAGGCGUGGAGUGACCAAUGGAGAUUCGCUCUGCCAACAUCAAAUGGGACUGAUGUAUCUCCAUGGAUAUGGCGUGCAGCAGGACGCUUUCAGGGCUGCAUCGUAUUUCAAGUCCGCAUCUGAGCAAGAUUUCCCCGCCGCAGAAACAAGACUGGGUGCUUUGUUCUUGGACCAAGGUGAUGUCCCAACGGCUACCCGGUAUUUUGAGCUAGCUGCCCGCUGGGGCUGGAUGGAAGCCUUCUAUUACCUGGCAGAAUUGUCCAAUAAUGGUAUUGGUAGGGAACGGCAUUGUGGAAUGGCUGCAUCAUACUACAAGAUGGUCGCAGAACGAGCUGAAGUGAUACAUUCAUCAUUCGAUGAGGCAAACACCGCGUAUGAGAAUGAUGACAAAGAACGGGCUCUCGUUGCUGCCAUGAUGGCCGCGGAGCAAGGUUAUGAGCAUGCGCAGUCCAACGUAGCAUUCCUGCUCGAUGAGCAACGCUCUUUGAUGUCCUUUGAUCGUAUCCUACCGGGAGCCAAGAAACCUCGACCGUCUCUGCUUCGGAAUGCCGCGCUGGCCCUUAUCUAUUGGACUCGUUCCGCCAAACAGACAAACAUUGAUUCCUUAGUUAAGAUGGGUGACUAUUACCUGGGCGGUAUUGGUAUUGCUGCAGAUGCUGAGAAAGCUUCCACUUGCUACCAUAGUGCCGCUGAAGUGCAUUAUAGUGCACAAGCCUAUUGGAAUCUUGGCUGGAUGCAUGAGAAUGGCAUCGCUGUGGAACAAGAUUUUCACAUGGCCAAACGAUACUAUGAUUUAGCACUCGAGACGAGUACUGAGGCCUAUCUACCCGUAAAAUUGAGCUUACUGAAGCUUCGUUUACGGAGCUAUUGGAACAGAAUCACGAACGGCAAGAUCAACUCUAUCCAAGACGAAGAAGAAUCAAAGCCCCGGCGGACAUUGAAAGAAUGGAUUGCAGCGUUCAUUGAGAACGACGAAGAGGAGGAAGCCUAUCGUGCGCAGAUGUACAAGCGAGCCGAGGAAGAAGAUGACCUGCUAUCGGGUGGUUCAGAUCGACACCAUAUGGAUGACCGUCAUGAAGAUGGCUACUACGACGACCUGGAGCUCGAUAUCGAUGAAAGUGUUUUAGAAGGCCUUAUUAUUGUUGCCUUAGCCGCGACUUUGCUAGUGCUUGUAUACAUGAGACAGCAACGGAACAGACAGAGACAAGAUGGGAAUGUCGGCGCGAAUCCAGGAGCCCCGGGGAAUGGAAAUGAGGACCGAGGUUUUUUCCCUCGUCCUGGAGACCCGGAGUUCGCUCAAUGGGUAGCAGGCGGCGUCGGGCAUUGA